AUGCUCACAGAAAAAUGCUUGGGAUUUGUUUAUUCUGGACUAUGUCUCUGGGCAUCCUUGUUCCUGUCUUUCUUUAAAGUCUCUCAGCAGGGUGAAAGCCAGAGACGCUUGUACAGAGAACUGCUGAGAAACUACAAUCGUCUUGAACGACCGGUAGUGAAUGACUCCCAACCCCUUGUAGUAGAGCUCCAGCUUUCUUUGCUGCAGAUAAUUGACGUGGAUGAGAAGAAUCAGGUGUUGAUCACAAAUGCUUGGCUGCAGAUGUACUGGGUUGAUGUUUACUUGUCUUGGGAUCAGUAUGAAUACCCAGGGGUGCAGAACUUGCGAUUUCCAGCCGACCAGGUUUGGGUACCAGACAUUCUUCUGUAUAACAGUGCGGAUGAAAGAUUUGAUGCAACAUUUCACACAAAUGUGCUGGUGAAUUACUCUGGAUCCUGCCAAUAUAUUCCUCCAGGCAUUUUGAAGAGCACAUGUUACAUUGAUGUCCGCUGGUUCCCCUUUGAUGUGCAGAAGUGUGAUUUGAAGUUUGGCUCCUGGACUCACAGUGGCUGGUUGAUUGACCUGCAGAUGCUUGAGGCUGAUAUUUCCAACUACAUCUCAAAUGGAGAAUGGGAUUUAGUGGGUGUCCCAGGAAAGAGGAAUGAGUUGUACUAUGAAUGCUGUAAAGAACCAUACCCAGAUGUGACCUACACCAUCACCAUGCGCCGACGUACCCUCUACUAUGGCUUGAACCUACUCAUUCCCUGCGUUCUCAUAUCUGGCUUGGCACUGCUUGUUUUCCUUUUGCCAGCUGAUUCAGGGGAGAAGAUUUCUUUAGGUAUCACUGUCCUGCUUUCCCUGACUGUAUUCAUGCUGCUUGUGGCUGAGAUCAUGCCUGCAACUUCUGACUCAGUCCCACUAAUAGCUCAGUAUUUCGCUAGCAUCAUGAUGAUCGUUGGUCUGUCUGUGGUGGUAACAGUGCUGGUUCUGCAGUUUCACCAUCAUGAUCCGCAAGCAGGAAAGAUGCCCAAAUGGAUACAAAUAGUCACAGUCAACUGGUGUGCUUGGUUUUUACGAAUGAAAAAACCCGGUGAAAGUAAAAAGCCCCUCUCUUGCAAAUACAGCUAUCCCAAGCACCAUCUGAGCGUAAACAGCAUGGAGAUGGAUGUCCUACCUGGGCACCAGUCCAGCAAUGGCAACACGAUCUAUAGCUACGACGCGAUAGAAAAUCCGUGCUGCCCCCAGAAGAAUGAUCUGGGUAGCAAGAGCGGAAAGAUUACUUGCCCCUUACCAGAAGAUGUUGAGCUUGUUCAAAAGAAAGCUUUAAUGGAUACUAUUCCGGUGAUUCUGAAGAUCCUGGAGGAAGUUCAGUUCAUAGCAAUGCGCUUCAGGAAACAAGAUGAGGGUGAAGAGAUCUGCAGUGAGUGGAAGUUUGCAGCUGCUGUCAUAGACAGGUUAUGCCUGGUUGCCUUUACCCUUUUUGCCAUCAUUUGCACAUUUACAAUACUCAUGUCUGCUCCAAAUUUUAUAGAAGCUGUUUCAAAGGAUUUUGCAUAAGUAUUUCAAAGACGAGCAUGAUAAUUUAAAAGUGAAAAGUGAAAAGUGAAAAGCCAGUAAUUUUCCUAUAUAAAAUUAACUCAAAUAGAGAAGUGUACUUACAUGUGCUAACAUACACAGAAGGGGAUGAAAAUAAUUUCAGGAGGUAGUUAUUCCUGAUGUUAGUGACUGUAGUUACUGAAUAGUAAACAUAUUGAGCUCUAUUACUUAUUUCAUAGACUAGUUGCAC